GCCAUUGCAUGAAGCAAGUCCCGCGCCCAUCAUCAAAGCGGAAAACUUCAUGGUGCAGUUUGAGCUCUCUGGAGAACUCGCUGGUCAUCUCCUGGAAUUGUUCUCCAAACUACCCCGCAGCGCGAUGAUCCCGGGUGCUUCGCUCAGUCAGAAGUUUGAGGCUUCCGGACGACGGAUCGCUCUCCUCCCUCAGAGAACCCAGGUCUUGGCGUUGUGCGUUCUGGCCAUAUCAGCUCGGCUGUCUCCCCAUCCGCUUCUGUUUGGACCUGGCCCUUCACCGCCGAAAAUAGCCACGUUGUUCGAGCCACAGUCAGUAGAUCGACUCCAGGUAGCCGAAUGGGGACGCAAGCGCCAGAACGCGUGCCAGCGCCUACGGGAAAUCGCCGUAGAACGAGCAUGGAACGCAAGGUUGCUAGCGGGACAAGCGGAAGAUGAGAACGGCAACGUAGACGAAGAAGCUCUGGCUGCAUGUCAACUACUGUAUGCUAUCGAAGCUGGGUAUGAACUUAGCGCAGGCUAUCCGUGGAGAGCUGCGUUCAUUUCGAUAUUGAGGAAGAAGUUGGAGAUGCAACGUCAUGCAAAGAUUGCCGCCUCUCGAAGUUCUACCAACAUGGGAUCUGGCUUUAGCGGGAGUAUCCCAGGCGGAUCAGAAUUAGGCUGGACGACUCACGUUAUGCGCGAGACGCUGGCGUCCGCUGCACUCGAACAAAUCAGUCCAUUUACGAUGUACGAUGAGGAACUUGUCUGUGGACCUAGACCGGUCUCUCCAGAGAAGAUCCUCGAGCACGCCGAUACGUUUGGUAUAGCUGACUCGUUUCCGCCUCGGAGCAGUUACGAAGGGGAGACUACGCGCACAGAAUGGUGGGAUCUCGCCAGCAUGCUGUGUCUUUUCAGACCCUUCACAUAUAGAAUAUCUGAGCUCGCGAUAGCGAGCUACGACUUUUCUCUGCAACGGACACAUGGGAAACCUUUUGACUUCUCAAAACUCGAAUCCUACCUUUCAUCACUUGCGCCUCUGCAGAAAAUCGUUGAGAUUGCCAACGAAAGAAUGAAGGCGUUGCUUUCACCGCCUGCCGUUGUCAUCCGGCGGCAGAUGGGCCGCGGCUCUGCUUUCUCAAUGGUGACCGGUGAAAAGCCAGGCGAAAUUAACGAACUAUUCAGAGGCGAACCCGAUACCGCGGAGGGUGGGCUGAAGGGAACCAUCAACAUCGAGGGUACCCAUUCUCCAGUCGACGAAUUCCGAGUGCAGAUUUCUGCGCGCUCCUUUUUCGCCCUCAUCCACGGGGCUAUGGGGGCGAUCCUUAUUCCCGUCUACGUUGAUAUCCAAGAGCGUCUGUACGCAUUUGAAGAGGGCAACGGAUGUGCAAGUGACGACCUCAUUGCCUUACGGGCACUUCGGGACGUCUUCAGGAAGGCGCUGCUUCCGCACGCUCAGGUGUUGUUGAGGGAUAUCCGGACCUCCUUGCACGUUGCCUGGAUGGCUAACCUGACGCGGUCAAUUGCCGCAUCCACCGCCCCUUCUUCCCACACGUCCACUGACGACGGAAGUGUACCGAGCUCGUUCUCCAAGUCUACCCCUUCUACAGGUUCAUCGCCAGCGUCCUCUGACUCGUCACAUAGUUCGACGCAUAGCGGUAUACCGAGCCUGAAUACUCCUCGCGGAAAGAGUUCACGUGCUAUACCAUCAAUGUCUGCUGUAGGCCCUCUUGGAUGGGAGGCACAAAUGCUACAGUACCUCUACUCACUCAUCUUUCCACGCGUCGCCUCACGAGAAUAUGGGAGCAACUCCCUCGCAUUCUGGGCUACAGUUAUUCUUGAUUCUCCUGCAAUCGAAGACGGCGGGUUCGGGAUGACCCGAGAACAAAAGGCUGCCGAGCUAGAGUGCAUAUUGAACGUAUCGAGGAUAUUGUCCUGGUGUAACCCUACUAGUUUCUCAGAGACUCUAGCCGGAUUGAUCGAGCGCAACAUUCUGAUCUUGAGAGCAGGCAGGUCCUCCGAUAGUCCAAGUCUUGCGUCCGAUGGCCUCGCCACCCCAUCCACAUCUUCUCACUCAUCGUCUACCCAUGCACACACACCCUCGGCGGCGACGUCCUCCAUCCCAUCACCCAAGGAAAUAGUCGAGGGCAUCCGGCAUGAGCGCGUUGCGGACGUGUACUUUGGCGGGGACGGGAAGAGAGACCAGGGAACGGCAAACAUCGAGGAUAUUCCUGACGUCAUCGGAGAGCUCUGCAGAGACCUCAGCUGUCUCUCUUUCGCAGCUGCCACGGCUCCGAACAUUCACUGGGAAGAGUCGUCUCCCGGGUUUCGCACGAGUGAAGAUGUUUCAGCUCUUUCGAGCGAUGGGUUAUCCAAUCCUCAUCUCAACAUGCUGCAAGCACAGCCUAACUUCGACUUGGCGGCGACGGACAUUCACGCUAGCUUGGCGCAUGAUCAGACAACAUUCUCAUUGGGCACGGAGGCAGAUAGCGUUGUCCAGAUGCAUCAAAAUCCCAGUCUGGAAAGCUCCGGUUGGAUGUCUUGGAACUUCGGUGGCGAUGGAGAUACAUACGGACAGACUUAUCAAGGACAGCUGCAGGCCCCGGACUCCUUCAGCAGUAGCGGCUUACCCAUACAUUCAUCAAUAUCGCCCCUGUCCUCACAUAGCUCCCUCUUGAGUCCACCGCAAGUCGACUACACGCGAGGCGCGUCACCCGUCUCGGCAGCAUCACUACAGCCAACGCCACCGAGCGCAUCUGAACUGGAGCACGAGUUUCAGCAGAUGUUUGGCGUUGCCACGUGCGCCGCCCAGACGGGUGCGCCGUCUUUCCAGGAUUUGCUCGCUUCCACUGGCGAUGAGACUGGCUGGUUUGAAGCUGACGGUUCGGGCUGGGGUCAAGACAUGUAGAACUAUGUAUACCGUAUCUCCUACUUGGGUUUUGUUUCUGUUACACAUUCAAUCUCGCUAAUGAUUGAAGUGUACUAUUAAUAUCUAUGGAAUACCUUUUGACCU